AUGUCUCGAGAAGAGCAUGGGGACCCUUUGCCGCUACGUAUAGCAUCUCUGGUACAUGCACAUUUUAAUGCUCUACCUGCGAAAAGUAAACCUCAUAUAUUGUCCGAUGGAUCGAAAGAAUGGAUUCCUAUGACUGGAAUUGUUGCUAUGCUUUCCGAUGGGAUCCUAAAUUUCUCAUACAGGAGUGGUGCAAAAUGCUUAUCAGCGUCCCAAAUACCUCGCUGUCGAGGCCUUGUCCUCCAUGAUUGUCAUGCGGAGAUACUGGCCAUUCGGGCCUUCAACCACUGGCUGAUGACAGAAUGCCAUUCAAUACUAGCUGAAGAAGCUGCUGGCGAGACCAACCCUGCAACUGGCAGUCCAAAUCCCUCGGAGUCCAAAUUCAUCCGCAAAAGAGACCAUCAUGUGACUUGCGAAGGCCAAUGCCCACCGUUUGAGAUGCAGCCCAAUGUCCGAAUCUACAUGUACUGCACCUGUGCUCCUUGUGGAGAUGGGAGUAUGGAACUAUGCAUGGCAGCCCAAGAAGACGCAACGCCCUGGGAGGUAGUCCGACAAAACAACUCUGGGACAGAAAACAGUCUCGGAGAUGACAACCUCCUCGACGGCCGAGCCCACUUCUCCCUAUUAGGCGUCGUGCGCAGAAAACCAGCUCGAACAGAUGCUGAGUCCACGCGCAGCAAGUCUUGUUCGGACAAACUUGCUCUGAGGCAGGUUUCGUCCUUGCUAUCAUGGCAGACGAGCCGGUUGCUCGCGUUAACCGAGAACGCCUACCUGGCUGGCCUCAUUCUUCCUGAGGACGAGAUUAGCCGAGUAGCAUGCGACAGGGCUUUCGGCAAGAAUGGCCGCAUGGCGGCUCUAGUGGCUCAGUCCUGGCCGAGCAGCUCGUGUGAAAGAUCGGUUGAAUAUCGAUUCAGGCCAUUUCAGGUUCUAUCGGUGCCCGCAGGCAAAGUAAGAGCUAUGUGGCAAUUUGCGAAACCAAAGCCAACCACUAUACGUCAAUUAGCAGAUGGUGAAAUGGCAGCAAAUGGAGUCACCCCAAGGAAAAGCAAGCCAGGUAAUGUUAGUGCAGUGUGGACUCUAGCGCCCUCCAAUACAGAUAAGGUGUUGCUACCAGAGAAGGGAAGCAAGUCUCUACCCUCGCUAUGUGGUUCGAAAACAGGGUUAUACGAAAGCAUCAUUAGCGGGGUCAAACAAGGGAAUAAGGCUUCUUCGCCCACUGCGCGUGGUGCCUCGGCAUUGUCGAGGGCGAAGAUGUGGGCUCUCCUCGAGAAGAUUACGGACUGCGAACCAAGUGGCGAGGCCGAACAGAAGACUGCUAUUUCGUCUGGACUAUCAUCCAGAAGUCCUCUUGGACAGCCCCGCCGGCCUGCUAUAUAUGAUUUUAUCAAAAGAGGGCCGACAGACGAGGGGGAUUCUCGUGCUGCUCGGAAGCAUGCUAUCAGACACGCACAGGAAGUCCUCAAGGGGUGGGCACCUAACACCGGGGAUGAAAGUUGGGGGUUGGACGUUUUAAUUGAUACUCAUAAGCGAAAGCGGUAA